GUUUGAGGAAUUCUAGUGUAAGCUUCAUCUGUCCCCCGAUUUACAAUCUUCACGACAGUCGGCAAUAAAACUCUGUAACUGCUUUGGCCGCGAAAGGUGGCAGUCGAGAAUACUAUCUUCGUGGCUAUAACAUAGUUUAGUGACAUCAGGUGAUUGUGUUUUGGGAGUGACGUUUAUAGCUGUGUGGAACAAAUCAGUAAAAUGGCAAGUAUACCCUUGAUGUUCGCUCAAGACGAUGUGGAAUUUGGUGGUAAACCAGUUAUAACCGAAGACUUCGCCUACAAUAAUAAUGUGAAGCAAGCAGGACUUAAAAUUCGACUGGGCUUCCUGCGCAAAGUCUAUGGGUUACUCACUGGCCAGUUGUUGAUCACUGUUGUUGUUGCAACUGUUUGUAUGACAAGUCCACCAGUUCGUGCAGCUGUUCACAAUAAUGACUGGCUGUUAUCAAUUGCCUUUAUUCUAAGCCUUGUAAUCCUUGUGGCUUUACAUAUCAAGAAGAGAGAAACGCCAACAAACUUCAUAUUACUGGGCUGCUUUACAGUUGUACAAGCCUACACAAUUGGUGUAGUGCUGACGUACUUCGAGCAGGCAGUCGUCCUGCAGGCUUUUGUGAUCACCUUAGCUGUUGUGGCAGGCCUUACAGCUUUCACAUUCCAAACAAAGAAGGAUUUCUCAUUCUUGGGCCUUGGGUUAUUUGCUGGACUGUGUGUUUUAAUGGUUGGAGGUCUCCUACAAAUAUUUAUUGGUAGCACAGCUCUUGAGCUUCUUUUGUCUGCUGGUGGAGCCUUCCUCUUCUCACUUUUCAUUAUUUAUGAUACACAGAUGCUGAUGGAGAAACUGUCUGCUGAAGAGUAUAUAUUGGCCACAAUAAAUCUUUAUCUUGAUAUUAUUAAUCUGUUUUUGUAUAUUUUAAGACUCCUGGAGGCAGCAAGGAGACAUUGAGUUACUUGUUAACAGUUGCUCUUUUACUAUGAUUUUGACAAGAAACAGUAUUUGCUGAGCCAUGCCAUUCAGCAAAUGAAAUUUUUGUGGUGGAAAAUAAUUUUUUUGUUCUCGUACCUUCACUUACACAAAAAUUUUAACAAAUAAAUCUCAUGUUUCAAGCACAUGCGUAUAUGGAAUUUGGAAGUGUGAUGGGAAGUUGAGAGAAAUUUAAGCGUUUGAGAAUAUGAAGUAGGUAAGCAUUCCACUGUUAUAAAGAAAUCUUGAAUGCUAUCCAAACAUAAGCUAAAUAAUCUUUUAUCUACAUAAUCACACAAAAAAAGGAAAAUUAAAAAGGGAAUUGUGACUAGUGUGAUCUUUUGUUGUUGACACUUCUAGGGAAUUUUCUGCAAGGAUUGCUCUAAUUUCAUAAUAAAAAUAUUUGUCAUGUUACUCUCUUCUUCACAUAUUUAAUUAUUUCCAACACAUGUAUUGUUAGAAUAUAUUUGAUGAAAUAUACUUCAAGCACUUUGAAUGGUAUCUGAGAUAGAUAUGAAGGGUGGUUGUUCAUACAUUAAAACAGUGCCUUUGUGCCUGAUAAACUACGAUUCUAAAAUAGGUUUUAAAUACAUCGUUUGUGAUAACAGAAAAUAUCUUGGUGCACAGUGUGAAUUAGAUAUUUUAUUGUCUGUUAAUAGCAGUAUUAAUGUACAAAGUGUGAAAUAAAUUUAUUUUUAAAUGUUUAA